AUGCAGCUGCUCCUGCUCCUGUUGGCCUUCUUUCUACCCCCCAGGACAAGGGCAGGGGAGAUCUUCGGGGGACAUGAAGCCAAACCCCACUCCCGCCCCUACAUGGCCUUCCUUCGACUCAGGAAUACUACUAGUGUAUGGAGGUGUGGUGGUUUCAUGAUACAUGAGAAGUUUGUGCUGACAGCUGCUCACUGUAUGGAAAGACCUUUGCACUCACAAGGUCGACAAAUAAAAGUCAUUCUGGGAGCCCACAACAUCAAGAAGACGGAGAAGACUCAGCAGGUCAUACAAGUGAAAAAAAACAUUCCACACCCGCAGUACAAUCCUGAAAAACUAAUCAAUGACAUCAUGCUGCUCCAGCUGGAGCAAAAGGCCAAGGUGACUAAAGAGGUGCAGAUUAUAAAGCUGCCCAAGGCAAAAACCUGGGUAAAGCCAGGUACCAGGUGCCAGGUGGCUGGAUGGGGACUGUUGGCUCCAAAUGGGACACUUCCAGACACACUGCAUGAGGUGCAGAUGACAGUACAAGAGGAUAAGGUGUGUCAGAAACGCUUUAGGAAUUAUGACAGUGCCAUUCAGAUCUGUGCUGGGGACCCAAACACUCUAAGAGGCUCCUUUGAGGGUGACUCGGGAGGCCCAUUCAUGUGUAAAAAUGUGGUUCAGGCCAUUGUCUCCUACGGAGUUAAAUAUGAAGAAAAUAAACAUGGGCCAAAUCCACAUGUCUACACCAAACUCUCACCUUAUCUAGCCUGGAUAGAGAAAACCAUGAAGCAAUACUUAAUACAGGAAGCAAAUGAAGCCACUCUGAGCAGCGUUCUUUCAUGGACCUGA